UCUCGGAAUGUGAUUAUACGUACCUACUCUGCGGAAUUAUGCCGCUUGGCCUCCGGAUUCGUGGUCUGUGCGCUUGGCGCUUUGCUUGAACCAAAGAGUAUAACAACCUGCAAUUUUGUAAAUAUUUUGAUCAUUUUAAUUUUUAUAUUACCAAAUAAAACAGAAUUGCUGCAGACAAAAAAAAAUUAGUUGUAUUUUAAUAAGUAAUUUAAAAAUGGCACAAUCACAAUUCGCAUUGACAUGGGAAUCUUAUAAAACUAAUAUCUGCUCAGGGUUUACUUCUUUUCAGCAGAAUGGAGAACUUGUUGAUAUGACUUUGGCGGCAGAUGGUCAUUUGGUAAAAGUGCAUCAAGUACUAAUUGCAUUGGCAAGCCCUUACUUGAAAGAAAUAAUUACAGCUGUACCUACUCAACAUCCUGUUGUAUUUCUCAAUAAUGUAUCUUAUACAACCUUAUCUCUCAUAUUGGAGUACAUAUACACUGGAGAGGUGCAAGUUCCAGCUGAGAGUUUAUCAUCUUUUUUGGAAUCCACAAAAGCUCUUCAUAUAAGGGGUCUGGAAAGUAUUGCUAAUAGUGGCAAUACAACAACAAAGAUGGAUACUAACAUGAAUGAAACUAGCCUGAAUAACACAAGGAUUAGGAAAAAGUUAGAUCAGAUAGUACUGCCAAAUACAAAAAAGAUGUAUAUCAACAUCAAUCCAGAUUCUUCAGCAAUGGACUCUGUUCAGAAACCUUUGGUAGAUUCACACGAUGACAACAUGCAUGAUUACGCUGAUACGAUGGAUGAUACGCAUGAUGACUUAGAUUAUGAUGUUGGUGAUGAUAAUAAAACUCAAACACCAGCCAACACUGACAACAAUAAGUCAAAAACAUCGUCUACAGUUUCUGCGAAAAACAUGGGUUCAAGUCUACAUUUCACGGUAUCAAUUCGCGGCGCGUUGCAAGUGAUACUGAAUCGCUACAUCUACAAUUUGCACUCGUCCCAAACUAAUGGCAUCCGACGCUGGCGUUGCACCAACUAUCGAUAUCGGGACAAGAAAUGUUCCGCUUUCGUCACCACCAAAGGCAACGUUGUUUUAAACAGAGCAAAUCCACACAAUCACUCGUUUCAUGAUAAGAAGAUUCUUGCUAAACUAGAAAAGAAUGCCAUAUAUUCUGCUCUGGAGGAAAUUGAAGACUUGGCGAUAGUUAAAGAUAAAAGAAGAAUAUAACAGAGGACAGUGCGUUUGUUUUAUAUUAAUUGAAAUAAAUCUGAGCAAUCAAUAAAUUUCAUUUGAAUUGAAUGUACAAUUAUAAGUAUUAUAAUUUGUUAAUUUAUUAUAAUGAAGACUUGAAUUUUAAUAAGAGUUAUUGUACAGAUCCUAAUUUGGUUGUUACACAUAUCUUAAUGAAACUGGAGCAUGUUAAAUUAAUGUUGAGGGCGGUUUUUUCACUGCCCGACACGAUAACUUCGAUAAUAUCUUGAAACUGCUUGAUCCAACGACACAGUACCGAUACCAGUGACGAUAAAACAGAACUUCACGCGUGCGAAAUAGUACCUAUGUUAACUAGAAAACCAUCUAAAGCGCCCUACCGAGCGUACCGGGAUUAAAUUGUCAUUAUUGUCAAAUGUUCUUUGUAAGUCGUUUUUCGUAAUUUUAUAAAUCGAUUAAAAAUUAAUAUUAUAAGUGGCAGCGUUAGUUCCAGUUUUAUCCAUCUGAACAGAUUACUUAAAAGCACUGUAACAUAUUGUAGGUAGGCCAUUAAGUAAAGAUAAGUAAUGUUACUAAACAUUAAUUAAACAUUAACUUUAUAAAUAUA